CAAUAUUCAUGUACCAAGGCACUUUCUGAUAUAUAGAUCCCUCUUUAUAUUAGUGUCCUUUUAUAUAUGAGCACAGUAUAUAUAUGUGUGUAUGUCUUGUCCCAAUGGAGUCUAAUUGGUUACCUCGCUUUCAAACUAUUGCCGCAGCCUUUUCUUCUUCCCUUCCAAUUCAACUCAUCUUCUUACCCAUCCCUUUCUCCAGCUUUUCAACACAUAUAUCUACUUCCCUGUUUUCUGUUUUUCAAUUAUACUCUGUAAGUCGGGUGUUUGUGUAUGGAUAUUGAGCUCUUGAAGUCAGCUUCCGAAGACCAACUGGACAUGAUGCUUAUGAUGCACGCCGACAAACUCCCCCCGGAAUUCUACUCCGCCGCCGCCGCUUACGACGAAGAUCCCAACGAAAUGCAGAUGAUGAUGAUGAAUUUCAGCCCUCACCAGUGCAUGGAUCAUCAUAAUAACAUGCACCCAGCUUCCACCAUAUCUUUCUCCGGCGCCGGCUCCGACGACGACGACCUCAUUUAUCAUCAAGAAUGGCGGGACCCCGUCACCGGAGAUAAUUACACGGGUGCCCCAAAACGAACGGCGACGUCGAUGGCGGCGAUGCGGGAGAUGAUAUUCCGGAUCGCGGCGAUGCAGCCGAUCCACAUGGACCCCGAGUCCGUGAAGCCCCCGAAGCGAAGGAACGUGAGGAUAUCGAGCGAUCCACAGAGCGUGGCGGCGCGUCACCGGCGGGAGAGGAUCAGCGAGAGGAUAAGGAUUCUGCAGAGACUGGUGCCUGGUGGGACCAAGAUGGACACGGCUUCCAUGUUGGACGAAGCCAUACAUUACGUGAAGUUCCUGAAGAAUCAGGUGCAGUCCUUGGAACGCGCUGCCGGCGGCGGCCGGUCAAACCGGUCAACUCCAACUGUGGCGGGGUUUCCGGCGACCAUGCCUUCUUCUUCGAAUUCUAUGACUGCCAAUUAUUUUCCCAUCACAGCCAAUGAUGAUAUUGUCCAUUACCAGCAUUAUGAUUCUCAGUUGACUUAUUAAUUGUGUUGGAGACCGUACGGAGCAGAGUAAAAAAAAGAUGACACAUCAUCCCUGAGGGCCCCACAACACCGACCGGACGACACAAUGGGAGGAUGUAAAUUGAACUAUAAUCACAAUUUGACAGAUAGAGAGUGGGGCUCCGUCCCGGUACUUGCAGAGGCUCUAUGCAUUUUUAGCAUAGUAACCUCUUGGAGAUUGAGGUGGGAGAACUUCAAGCACUCAAUUAGCAUGAUUAAUCAAUUAAAUGCUUUACUACAAUCCCAUCAUGAUUAUACAUAUACUAAGUCCAAAUUUAUGGAAAAAAGAAAUUACUAUGAACGUAUGCAUCAU